ACAGAGCCACCGAGACAAAAGGGCGAGAGGGUAAUAAAAGCUAUAUAACUUUGUAUUUAUAAGCAGUACGAACGAACGAACGCAUACCCAUUGAAGAAGAAGAAGAAGAACAGGAGCUCAUUCUUAUUGGGAAAAAUAAAUUGCUGGGCCAAAACAAAAGGAUUGUAGAAAAAGAAAGUCUUUCGUAGAAUUGAAGCUGCAACUUCAUCACUUUCGCCUUUUACUUUGGCAAAUUUUGUGACCUGGCUUUGACAAGAUGCUGCCUUCCGGGCCGACAACACGAAUUGGUGGUGCCCCGUCAAUUUCGUCUUCUUUUCUACGAUCAAACUCCUCGGUUUUGGGAUCUCAAGGGGGUUCAGUGCAUCUACAAGAAACAUUCUCUUCUCUCAUCUCACCGCAAUCUCAAUAUAGCAUGAGUUUGCUUGGAAGUAAUCCCAACAUGUCCUCUCUUCUCAACCAAAAUUUUGGUAAUGGGUCAAACACUGGGCUCUCUGGUUUGGGUGCUUUCCAACGCAGUAGUGUUGACACCACACCGGAGUCUGUAGCAAGUGACAUUAGUUUUGCUGCCUCUUCAUUUACGCCAUCAAAUGUGUCAAAUAUCGGUUCAUCUCUCCAAGGUCAAAACCAGGAGUUUGCAAACAAUGCUGGAAACGGUACAUUGUUGGAUCAACACCAAUCUAAUGUGCAACAAUUUCAACAGAAAAAGUUCCAGCGUGGUCAACAGCUGAUGCACCAAUUCCCUGUUUCGAACCUCCAAGUGCAACAGCAACAGUCCCCAUUCCAAUCACUUCAACAUGGGUCAGGGGUCAUGGUACCGGUUAAGACGGAACCACAGUUAGUUAACAAUUCAAUUGGUCUGCAGGAACAAUUGCAGUCAUUGAGGAAUCUUGGUUCAAUGAAACUAGAGUCACAGAAGGACCAGAUUGUUAGAGGCAUGGGACCUGUUAAAUUAGAGGAUAGACAUUCAGAUCAAGCUGCGGUUUUGAAGCAACGGAUGCAGCAACAACAAUUUCUUCAAAUGUCUAGGCAGCCCUUGCAAGCUACUGCCGCGCAGAUGAAUCUUUUGCAACAACAGCGCUUUUUUCAGCUGCAUCAACAUCAGCAGCAAGAACUUUUGAAGACAUUUCCUCUGCAACAGCCCCAACUACAGCGGCAACCGCAAAAUAUGAUUUCUAGAUCUGCUGCGAAACCGGCAUAUGAACCAGGAAUGUGUGCUCGGCGUUUAACUCAAUACACCUAUCAGCAGCAACAUAGACCUGAUAACAAUAAUAUUGAGUUCUGGCGGAAAUUUGUGGCUGAGUUCUUUGAUCCCAGUGCAAAGAAGAGAUGGUGUGUUUCAUUGUAUGGCAAUAGCCGCCAAACAAAUGGCAUUUUCCCUCAGGAUACAUGGCACUGUGAAAUAUGCAAUCGGAAGCCUGGGCGUGGUUUUGAGACAACUGUGGAGGUUCUUCCCAGGCUGUUCAAGCUCAACUAUGAUAGUGGCACUUUGGAAGAGCUUCUCUAUGUUGAUAUGCCCCGUGAAUAUCAGAAUGAAGCUGGUCAAAUUGUGCUCGAUUAUGCAAAGGCAGUGCAAGAAAGUGUUUUUGAACACCUUCGUGUAGUACGGGAUGGUCAACUUCGUAUUGUUUUCUCCCCUGAUAUGAAGAUUUGCUCUUGGGAGUUUUGUGCACGACGCCAUGAGGAACUUAUCCCUCGGAGAUUGAUAAUACCCCAGGUAAGUCAGCUUGGAGCUGUGGCGCAAAAGUACCAAGCCUCUGCUCAGAGUGCAUUAUCCAACUUACCUGCUCCCGAUCUACAAAGUAACUGUAAUAUGUUUGUUGCAUCUGCGCGUCAGUUAGUAAGAGCUCUGGAGAUGCCUCUAGUAAACGAUUUAGGAUACACAAAGAGAUAUGUGCGGUGCCUUCAGAUAUCUGAGGUGGUUAAUAGUAUGAAGGACUUGAUUGACUAUAGCCGGGAGACGGGAAAAGGACCAAUUGAAAGUCUGGCCACGUUCCCUCGCAAAACCAGUAGAGCGUCUGGGCUGCUUACUUCUCAGCAACCUGAUGAAAAGCAGCAAAGUAGUGAACAGAUCUUUAACAACGAUCAUCAUUCUGCACAGGCAAGUACAAUGCAGCCUUCUACAAGCAGUGGUGUUUCAAGUGUAAGCAAUUCACAUGGAAUGGCAUCAACCACAACUUCUGCCACUACCAUUGCUGGGCUUUUACAUCAGAAUUCAAUGAAUUCACGUAUUGAGAACCAGAUGAACAAUCCUAGUAGUCCUUAUGUUGGAACCCCAGUUCAAAUCCCAUCUGCAGGGUCCUCGACUACUCUACCAGCUGCUCAGCCUAAUCCCUCUUCUCCCUUCUCAUCUUCUACUCUGUCAUCAUCGAACAAUCCCAACCAGAUUUCACAAAAUGCAUCAACAGCAUCAGCAACCACUGGCCACAUAAACUCUACAAGUUCAGCAGCACCAAUCCCGGUUCAACAGUCGUCUCAGAUAAAUGAUUCAGAUCUGAAUAAACCCCCGAGCUCCUUGGAGAAAUUGCUUCAAGAAAUAUUGAACUCCCCGCAAUUUGGCGAAGCAGCUGAUGCUGCUGCUCCUUGUAAUCCUGCGGUGAAUAACGCAAAGCGCUUGAAAAGGUGUAGACAAGAAGGCCAGAAUUUGCCUACCAGUGGCAAUUGCUUAGGAGGCAACAGUAUAGCCAAUAAAAGUUCUGCCAUCAUGGGUGGAGGAUUUGGGAACUUGGGCGUUCAGAAUGGUCCGUCCACGACAAAUGGCAGAAUCGGAGCUGCCAUGGGAAGUAAUCUUGCAACUCUUGCUGGUAGGGUAGGGAUGCCAUCGAUGCAUCAAGAGGCCAGUAUCAAUAAUCAGCAGCAGGAAUUGGCUAACCGGUUCCUUAAUGGUAUCGGAGCAAUGAAUAGCUUUAACAAUCUCCAGUAUGAUUGGAAAUCUGCCUGAAGAUGCUGAUUAGUGAUUAUAUCUUGCUGAUACUUUCAGGGUGGCUACAUGUCUUCUCAUUGGAUGUACUGCUAGUGAUGAUAGAAUAGAACAUGAUCAUGGCGUGCGCCGGGUUUUGCCCGACACCGAUUGAGAGCUCUUAUUCAGUUACAGGAUGGCUUAAAUUCCGAGUUCUCAAAGCCUUUCAUUCUACAUUGCUUAAUUUCCAUCCCUGUUUCUCUUCAUCUGAAGUGUACUGUUAACUCAAUUAUCAAAAAAUUCGACUUUUGACAAGUCUGGAGAUUUAGACA